AUGUCGCCUCAGUUGAUCACAACUAACAUUGGUAGCUAUGUUUCGUGCAUCUUCGCGGAUCCGUACGACGGACCAACUCCAUCGCCGGCAGUUCUCCGCUGUGUAAAUUCUCUGCUCGAGGCCGGCUGCUACGAAAUCAGCCUUGGAGACACAUUGGGUAUUGGUUCCCCCUCAAACGUGCGCGAGCUCAUCAAGUACCUCGCCAGCAAUGGCGUCCCGCCAGAGAAGCUCGCAGGUCACUUCCACGAUACCUACGGACAAGCCGUAGCAAACGUCUGGGAGGCAUUCAACAAUGGGAUCCGAGUAUUCGACAGCAGUGUAGCAGGUCUGGGCGGAUGUCCUUUCGCGCCCGGAGCAAAAGGAAACGUCGCCUCCGAAGACCUGGUCUACAUGUUCCACAACGCAGGAAUUUCAACAGGCGUCGAUCUCCCAAGAUUAGUGGAGACAGGGGUCUGGAUCUCAAAACAGCUCUCAAAGAACAACUCAAGUCGAGCUGGAACGGCAUUAUCAAUCAAAUCCCAGCCGAAGACAACACCAAGCAAGAAUACAUCCAGCCUCAAAUGGAACCUUUUCACCGAAACAGAAGGUCUUCAAAUAUACCGAUCAGGCGCGAACCUGAAAGUCGUCCUGAACAGACCUCACAACGGAAACACCCUGACAACAACCAUGAUAUCCGACCUGACGCAAGUAAUCUCAACCGCCAGUUCCGACCCCCUAACCUCCCGAAUUAUCAUAACAGCCAACGGCAAAUUCUUCUGCACGGGCAUGGAUCUCAGCAAAGGGAGCACAGCCGUUGGAGAAGGAGGAUCAAGCAGCGAAGCCCAGUUCGGUGCUCUGACGGCCCUCUUCGAGGCGAUUGAUCAAUGUCCCAAAGUGACCAUUGCAGCGGUGAAUGGGCCCGCGUUUGGGGGAGGAGCUGGACUGGCUUUCUCAUGCGAUAUGCGGAUUUUCACGCGAGGAGCAAAUGUCACAUUGAGCGAGGUGAAGCUGGGGCUUUGUGCGGCGACGAUAUCGAAGUAUGUGAUUCGGGAACUGGGGAUCGCGUUUUCACGGGAGAUGAUGCUUUCUGCUCGCUCGGUGACGGCGGCGGAGCUGAAGGGGUUAGGCGCUGUUUCCGAGAUUGCGGAAGAUCAAGAUGAUCUGCGGGUUAGACUUGAUGAGUUGUUGAUACGGCUUAAAGUUGCUUCACCUAAUGCUUCACGUAUGUCGAAAGAGUUGGUUCAACUUGCUUGGGCGCACGGGGGAGGGGAUGUGCAAGCUUCUGGAAUUAAGGGUUUGUUUAGAGAGAUGAUGGGGUCUGAUGCAGAUGGAGCAUACGGUGUGAAAGAGUUCCAAGCGAAGAGGAAGGUGGAUUGGGAUAUCUAUGUUCAGAAACGGACGACGAAGCUGUAA